AUGAGUAAGAACCAGCUGUUCAAAAAUGAACACCUCCGUAAGGGUGAAUACCUGAUGUCCAACAACGGGGAGUGGAAGGCUAUCUUAAAGGAGGAUGGUAACUUUGUCAUCUGUGGCUGGAAGACUGUGUGGGAAUCAGACACUGCAGGAUCAGAUGUUGUCCGCCUGUCCAUGCAGGCUGACAGCAACCUGGUCAUGUACAACCAGGAUGACACUCCCAGGUGGCAUACAAACACAUAUUUUGUUGGACAAGGCAGGUUUGGCAGCAAGUGUGAGUGCAACUGCCACGUUCAACUGACUGACGACGGCCAACUGGUGUUGCUUAGGGAAUCUAAAGAAGUCUGGAGCUCUGCUAACUCCAAAGGCACAAAAUGA